CCCUGUUUCUGUAGUGUGAUGUUUUAAUGGGCCAUCGCCUAAAGAUACCAAAUGUCACGUUUUGAUCCAAACAACAACCCCAACUCUCAACCCCUUUCUCUCUCUCUUUCUCACGGAAAGAAAGAAACCGCUUCUCUCUUUUCUUCUCUCUCUUUCUCACUCACUGCUACUCACUCUAUGUUGUCCGUACCCUCUGUGUUUGCCACGGAUGACCACCACCAUCCUCCAGUAGAAUGUAAAAAACCCUCACUUUCAAGCUAGAUCCCUCCUCCCCUUUUAUCCUUCACAGCUCCUAGAUCUUUCAACCUUUUCUACCUGCAUGCACCAUUACCAAUUCUAAUGGGGUUUUAGCCUCUUAGCCUUUCUGGGUUUCUUCUGUUUAGCGCAAAAGCCAGGUUUUUGGGCCCUUUCUCAACAUGGGUAGCUCUGCAAUGAUGGCGCGUUGGGAUUGAUAUCCUCUUUUUAAGAAAAGAAGGACAAAGGGUUUAAGGGUUUUUUUCCUUUUCAAAUGGGUAGCUCAGGAAAGUCGAACGUGAACGGAAUCGAUGCGUCGGUGGGUGGGUUGGUCUGGGUCCGGCGAAGAAAUGGGUCGUGGUGGCCGGGUCGGAUAUUGGGUCUUCACGAAUUGUCGGAGAGUUGUUUGGUUUCUCCGAGAUCGGGUACUCCCGUCAAGCUCUUAGGUCGUGAGGAUGCAAGCGUGGAUUGGUAUAAUCUUGAAAAAUCAAAGCGGGUAAAAGCUUUUCGCUGUGGAGAGUAUGAUGAGUGCAUCGAGAAGGCAAAGGCAUCAGCUGCUAAUUCAAACAAGAAGGCAGUGAAGUAUGCUCGCAGGGAAGAUGCCAUUCUUCAUGCUCUUGAACUAGAGAGUGCUCACCUGGACAAAGAAUCAUUAAGUUUGUCCUCUGGAUUAGAUAAACCUGGUAGUGAACAUGGAGAAUCAGCUGAGGAAUUACCACUCAUGUCUAACUCUGAAGAUGUGACUGGUGAUUUGAGUGACUCUGAUGACAAUUCUAAUUCAGCCCCGGAAAUGUCGCAAUCUGUUAUAUCUUUUGAAGUGCCUAAUCACAAUGGUUCUUUAAAGAUGCAUUCAGUGCAAGGAAGGAGGAGAAGAACACCUAAUGAUUCAGAAGAUGAUGGAUCUGAAGGAGUCAAGCGAAUGAGAGGACUUGAGGACUUGGGCAUUGGUGUAGUGUCAAAGAAAAAGGUUCAAGGUACAGGUGCAACUGAGAUUGGUCAGCACAUUAGUGCUACACUCAACAAUUCUACCACAGGGAACUGCCUGGCAAAUGGAACAUCUGUAAAUGGUGGUAAAGGUUAUUCUUCAACAUUGAAAAGGAAGAGAUCACAAGUGACAAAUGUUCACGAGUUUUUGAAACGGAAAAAUCGACGCCGGCCCUUGACUAAAGUUCUGGAGAGUACAGCCAUGGUGUCAGUUCCUGUCAUUUGUGAUCAGCUUCCCAAUUCAAAUAGUUCUCCACAAUGUGGGGUAACUGAUGGAAGAAUUUCAGGAUUAGAUUCUAAUGAUUCAAAGAAAACUUUUCCAAUGGCAACACAUAAUUCAGAUAAUACUGAGGCUGCUUGUGAGAACGGGACUUCAUUAAUUGUUCCUGACCAUGGUAGUGGAGAUGAUGGUUCACAAAUUAAUCAUGGGGUCAAGGAGAAUGCAACUUGUGGCCAACCAGGGCUAGUUGGCAAAGAUUCUCCUGAUAAACUAUUUGAUGUGCCGUUUGUUGGGGUUCUUGAGGAGGAGAAACACACUCCGGCUUUGUCACCCAUUUUGGUUUCAUGUUCACCUGAAAAGCCUCAAGUUAGUGCAUUGGGACAACAAUCUUGUAAUGUUAGUCAAUGUGAAGCUGUGUCAUUGAGAGAUGAGGGCAAGAACGAACCUGGUUGUACCAGUUCUGCUGCUGGUCACAAUAUUGUUGGCCAUAGACAAGACAAAGGUAGUUCAAAGUGGCAGUCAAAAGGAAAGAGGAAUUCAAGACAUACAAGUAAAAAUAUAAAACAUAUCUCAAGAAAAUAUGUGGACACAGACCACCAAUCCAGUGCUUCUUUGCCAGGAAUAGGAAAUUCAGAUGGAACUUCUUACCAGGGUGCUGGUUCUAAAGUUGAUUGGAAUGGAAUGGAUGCACUGCAUACUUCAUACAAUUGUAAUUCUCAAGUUAAAUGCAAACCUGUAGCAGAAGGCCAACUAGAAGGAUUUCGGGACUUGAACAAGCAUAUCAAGGCUACAACAACAGAGGCAAAGCUAUUACCUGAUGGAUCUCUCACACCUCAAAGAUUACUUCCUUAUCGCCAUUCACGCUUCACUGUCAACUCCAGAUAUCAAAUGGCAGAUUUCCCUGGAAGAAACUAUUGUUCUGAUGCUUCAUUAUACGAUGUUAAGCUAGAAGUUAAAUCCAGCUACCGGCCACAACACGUUCCAUUGGUUUCUCUUGUGAGUAAACUGAAUGGCAAAGCCUUCAUUGGGCACCCUUUGGCAGUUGAGGUUUUGGAAGAGGGUCAUUGUGAUAAAAUGUUGAGUGGCAGUGGAUGUGACAUGGAAGCUAGUGAUGUCUUUUGCAUGGCCAAGCCAAACUUGGUAGCCGGAAGAAUACAUUCCAAGAAUUCGACGCGAUUUUCACCUAAAUUGUCGAAGAUGAAAAAAACCGGCCUGAUGAAUAAAAAGAUCCGGAAGUUGUCUUCAUUGACAGGUCACAAACAGUCAGAAGAGGAGAGAAAACCAGUGGUAGAUAAGCUAAAGGGUCCUGUCAUAGCUUGCAUUCCCCUUAAAGUAGUGUUCAGUAGGAUAAAUGAAGCAGUGAGUGGUCAAGCACGGUCUACGCACCGGGCAUUACCAACAUCAUCGACCAACCCAUGACUUGUGUUGUUGGGAAGGAUUUACACUGAAUGGUGGUGCGGAUAGUUGCUUCUUUGGUAAUUUGAGAGAUUUUGGUUUACUUCUGCAGACCAUAAUAUUAUCUACUUUUAACUAUAUGCACAGUUUGCAGCCCCACAAAUUCUGCCAUGAAGGUUGAAUCUUCUGUACAAUUUGAAGACCAUUUUCAUGUAGAACUGUAGGUGUUAAAUCAUCUGAGGCUUCUCUUUGGCUCUGUAAAUAAUGUAACAUUGGAUGAGGUGUAAAGAGGGAUGGUCUAGUAUUAGGUGUUUUACCUGAUAUUAGGUUCUUAAAAAGUAAUGAAUUAGGAUGUUACGGAGGUUCAAU